AUGUUGGAAGAUCGAUCUUGUUUUGUUUCAAGAAGUUACAGUCGCGAAAGGGACAAUAGUCACAAUACUUGGAGUUAUAUGAGCAAUUACAGGAUAGAAAGACUAGAAUCCCAACAAGGAAAACGACCAUUAGAACAUGAUGAAAACGAAGAACUCGAUCAUACCCAUCCCGGAAAAAUCUCCAAACAAUCAAACAGUUUACAAAACCUACAACUCGAAUUAGGGUUCCUCGAGUUUUCUAAUCAUUCCAAUAGUCAAGAUCAAUCUGGAGAUAAUUCCGAUUCAAGCUCUCUAAUCAACGGCCUCGAUCGUGACAACUCACUCACAUGUCUAAUGAAAUGUUCCCGAUCAGAUUAUGGUUCAAUUGCAUCGUUAAGCCGUAGCUUCCGUGAGCUUGUUAGAAGUGGCGAACUUUAUAGAUUAAGAAGAAAAAAUGGGAUCAUCGAACAUUGGGUUUAUUUCUCUUGCCACCUCGUAGAAUGGGAAUCUUUUGAUCCAAUCACUUCACGUUGGAUGCAUUUACCCACAAUGACGUCAAACCCAUGUUUUCAAUUUUCCGAUAAAGAAUCUUUAGCUGUUGGGACUGAGUUACUUGUAUUGGGUAAAGAAGUUCUAGAUCACGUGAUUUAUAAAUAUAGUUUAUUAACAAAUUCAUGGUGCUUAGGUCGAAAUAUGAACUUUCCACGUUGUUUAUUUGGGUCAGCGAGUCUAGGGGAAAUAGCAAUUGUUGCUGGUGGGUGUGAUCCCAAUGGCAAAAUUGUAAAUUCAGCCGAACUUUAUGAUAGUGAAUCGGGUACAUGGGAAACACUUCCGUGUAUGAUUAAACCUCGAAAAAUGUGUUCCGGGGUUUUCAUGGAUGAUAAAUUUUAUGUAAUCGGCGGAAUUGGAGGUCCGGAAAUGAGACCGUUGGCAUGUGGGGAGGAAUACGAUUUGAAAACGCGGGAAUGGAAAGAGAUUCCGAAUAUGUCUCCGGUGAGAACUGGGACUGCUCCCGCCAAUGAGGCGGGAGCAGUGGUGGUGCCUCGUACUGAGGCACCACCAUUAGUGGCGGUUGUGGAUAAUGAGUUGUAUGCUGCUGACUGUGCAGAUAUGGAAGUGAGAAAAUAUGAUAAAGAAAAAAAGGAAUGGGAGACGGUUGGGAGGCUGCCCGAACGGGCAGACUCCAUGAAUGGUUGGGGGAUUGCUUUUAGAGGGUGUGGUGACCGGGUUAUUGUUAUUGGUGGGCCCCGGGCAAUUGGGGCGGGUUUUAUUGAAGUUAAUUCGUGGGUCCCACGAGAAGGUCCGCCACGUUGGCGGUUACUUGGACGGAAACAAUCGAAUAACUUUGUUUACAAUUGUGCGGUGAUGGGGUGCUGA